AUAAUUUUUUCAACGAGGUGUGGAACAAAACUGCCCGUGAAAAUACCUCCACCUAUGAAAGAGUGAGUACGAGGCACACGUAUGCGGCCUCGAUGACGACGUGAACAAUACGAAAGAAAACUAUGUAGACAGUCUAUUUGUUGAAAAAUUGGGGACUCUAUGGUACAACUCCCUCCUCUUCCUCUGCAGGUUUUCCAGUGCCUUCCUUCAGACUCGAUUCACAAUCUGCGCGAGCUGCAGGAACACGUCAAAACGGAUACUUUGGCACAGAGCGACCCGGAGACGGCCGCUAAGGAUGUGUGCACCAUCUGCGGCAUCCUCGUCUACUUCCCCCUGGACUUCCUGUGCGAGGAGAAUCUGCUUCCUCCGGCCGUCAGCAAAGAGGGAAUGUUUCCUGAGAAAGUCUGGACAUAGCGGUCUAGCGGACACCCUUUCAUUAUUGAGGGUUAUUAUGUAGGAACUUGGAAUAAGAAAAAGAAUUGAAACAUAACCUGACAUUUGAAGAUAGCUGAAUGUAAGGAAGAAUAAGGUGAACUGUUUGUGCAACGUAUGUGUGUCAGAGGGUGAGAGAAGUUGGGCCCUAUGAACACUCAUGAGAGCAUGCACACAGGAGUCAUGCAUGAGCAGUCAAAAGAAUGCACACACACAGAAACUGAUUUGAGGCAGGUUUUGUGUAUUGGCAAGAGAAUGCAUAGAGAAGUAUUACUUUUUUACAGAAAGUGG